CAUGAAUGUCUGUGUGCGCACCCCUGUGCGCACACCUGUGCAUGUUCUAAACCCUAAACCCUUCGGCAGAGCACUUGACACCAGAAGCGGCAAUCUCAGCGGGGACGUCACAGGGCUGUCGCCAAUGAGGGCUCCAGGCAGCGCUCUUGUCUCGACGCAGCUUCAGCUUCUUCUCGGCCAGAAGCUGUUCAGCUCUGUCCACAUACCUCGUCACACGUGUCUCGUAUACUCCUCCAUAGAUGUCAUCUAUGAAAGCACCAGUGAAGUCGUCCAGGAACUCUUCCUGCAGCUUGACGAGGGCCGGAUGGAGACCCAGACAGAAAAGGAAUGGUCCUGCAGCGUCGCCCUGCUGAGUCCCCUCUUGACUGAGGAUGGUAUCAAUACACGAUACCACAGCUUAGCCGGGGUGCCGUAGAACUGCCAGAAGAAAUCGACAAGGGAGGGCCACUUUAUGCCGAGCUCGUCCAGGAUCGCCUGGCGAUCAAUUGACUUGAAGGCCUUCUUGCAAUCAAAAGUCACCAAAACACGCCGGUCCGGGCCACCACCUUGUGUCUCGACGAACGUUUGGCAUGCACGGAACAGCUUCUCACUCCCUGCCGAAGUCCCCACAGCAAACUGCAAGGGAGAGAGGUCGUCUUCGAAGGCGAGUUUGUUGUCCAU